GUGUGGUUUUGUUGUACUCCAGCGUUUGGUAAUGACCUCACUUGUGCACCAAACCGAGCGAAACUAAACAGCUACACGCGAAGUGUUGCUUUCAGUUGAGGCAGUGAGAGAGAGAGAGAUAGAGAGAGGAAGAGAGAAAAAGAGAAAGAGAGAAAGAGAGAAAGAGAGAAAGAGAAACCUGUGAAGGGCAAAGACGAAUGUGUCGAAAUAAAUAUUGGUCAUAGGUCGCCUGAUAAAAUUGAUUAUCGAUUUGAACUAACACAAGUUCACAGUGCACAGAUAAGGGUUCGGGCUAUAAAACACGCUAUGGAAAAUACCGUGACCGACAUUGAAAUGAAAGCCUGUCUGUCCCCGUUUGAUUUUGUGAUUUUGUAUAGGAAGAUAAAAUAUUAUCGACAACAAGGUUCGCUUAUUUUAAUAUAUAUUUUCACAGCAUAAUAGGACCUACUAGCCCUGUGCCACAGGCAUAACAUGAGGAUUUUGUUUCACCGCAUCCUAUCUCGACCAUUGUUGUUUUUGUAUAGAUAAAACAAGGCUUAUUUAACAGCAGCUACCGCUUUCGAUGACUUGGCUAUAGAGGGCCGUCUGUUUCUAUACCUGGGAGGAGAGAAGAUGAAAACAUACGUCACACAUCCACCCUCGACUCGGCCGCCACAUCACCCAGCCUGCUUCCAGAAGCAGGUUUGGUGAAAGUCAACCGAAUACGGAGACCACCGAAGAUAAACACCGCAAAAAUAGACGAUAAUUAUAACUUUGGUCGUCAACAUUGACAGAAUUGCGCUGGACAGAAGAUUAUAAUCGUUGACGCCGGUGCAAAUUUCAACAUUGUAAAAAUCGAGGGAGAACUGUUAAAAUGUUACAGUCGUUAACCAGUAACUCGUGCGUUAGGUUGAUCCAGAGUCACAAAUCGACGUGGUAUUUUUUGUUUUUAGUUCUAGGAUACCUUCUGUAUCUAAUAUUUGGCGCUGUUGUAUUUUCCUCGGUGGAACUGCCGUAUGAGGACCUGCUAAGACAGGAGCUUCGAAAAAUAAAGAAGCAAUUCCUCCAAGAUAACGAAUGUCUGUCGGAGGAACGCCUCGAGGAGUUUUUGGAGAAGGCACUGGAGGCUAGUAACUAUGGAGUUUCCAUCCUUCAAAAUGCUUCGACAAACUGGAACUGGGACUUCACCUCUGCGCUGUUCUUCGCCAGCACCGUACUGUCCACCACAGGUUACGGCCACACAGCUCCCUUGUCAGAUGGAGGCAAGGCCUUCUGCAUCGUCUAUUCCGUGAUCGGCAUCCCCUUCACCCUCCUCUUCCUCACCGCCGUGGUGCAGAGGAUCAUGGUCUUCAGCACGCGCCGGCCCGUCAUGUACGUGCACACUCGCUGGGGCGUGUCCAAGCCGCUGGUGGCCGUGGUGCACGCCACUCUCCUCGCCGUCCUGGCCGCCUCCUGCUUCUUCCUCAUCCCGGCGGCCAUUUUCUCUGCCCUGGAGGAGAACUGGAACUUCCUGGAGUCGUUCUACUUCUGCUUCAUUUCGCUCAGCACCAUAGGCCUGGGAGACUACGUUCCAGGAGAGGCCUUCAACCAGCGCUUCAGAGAGCUCUAUAAAGUGGGGAUCACUGUCUACCUCCUGCUGGGCCUCAUCGUGAUGCUGGUCGUCCUGGAGACGUUCUGCGAGCUGCAGCAGCUGAAGCAGCUGAGGCAGAUGUUCUACCUGAAGAAGGAGAAGCCCCAGGACCGCCUGGCCAUCCUGGAGCACGACCACCUCUCCUUCACCUCCGUCUCCCAGGGCUCCGCCCUGCGCUCCCACAAGCCCGACAUCAACACUCCCGUCCUCACCUCGCCCUGCGACGACCCCAUGAUCGGCUAGGAGGAGGGAUGGACGGAUGGAGGGGUGGAGGAGGAGGCCUGACUGGAGG